AGCAAGCAGCUCAUCUGCUUUUGCACUGUCUGAGAUGCUCAUAGCUAGGAAAAGGUUACCUCUGCUCUUCCACAGACAACCACUUUAGCUAAAAAUCAAUCUUGCCAUACAAUUAUCCUCAAGCUUGCUGCUCCCUAUAGCUUCUCAUCAUGUCUAUUCUCAACGGCGCCAGCUCUCAAGUCGAAGCGCACGCCAUCACUGAGAAACGCGUCCUCGAGCACUUCAAAAAGUCUGGCAAGUUUGAUGCUAUGCGAAAGCAAGCCUUGCGUUCCUUUGAGAAGUCUCAGGAUGGCAUCGCAUUCAAGGCCGAGCUAGAGAAGCUUGUGGAUGCAGAACUACGACGAGACCCUACACUUGCUGCUCGAGACCGCGGCAAAGCAGCCACCUUGAUUGGCGGUGCAGUUGAUCGGAGUACCUGCUAUACGCAUGCAAGAAAGCAGGCGACGGAGCACAUCUUUGGGCAAGAGUCGUUCAGACUGAUGAUCGAGGAGGAGAUACGCAGCAUCAUGAAGCAAGAAGAGGCAGCGGCCGUUGCAGCCAAGGACGUCAAGGCCAAAGUCAAGGACGAGGCCUAGUGUCACGCAUGCAUCUCUAUCUGGCAUCGCAGUCUAUGCCUCUAUGUACACCCUACCGUGCCACUGCUCACUACAAGCAGCGUCCAACGCCGAGCUC